UGUAACUUGAUUGAAAGUAGUGCUUCGAUCCAUGGCUUCCAUGUUUAUCUCACUUCUCAUUUUCUCAUUCUUCUUCUUUCUUGGAACUCCAUUAAGCUCUAACUACUACCAGAAUACAUGUCCAAAUGUAGAAUCAAUCAUCAAGAAAGUUGUAUCCGAUGCCACAAGGAAUGACAAAACAGCCCCGGCUGGACUCCUUCGAAUGCACUUCCACGACUGUUUCAUAAGGGGAUGUGAUGGUUCCGUGCUUUUGAAUUCAAAGGGUAAGAACACCGCCGAAAAAGACGGACCCCCGAAUGUUUCUCUACAUGCAUUUUAUGUCAUUGAUAAAGCGAAGAAAGCGGUUGAGUCUGUGUGUCCUAGUGUUGUUUCGUGUGCUGAUAUCUUAGCAUUAGCCGCAAGAGAUGCAGUUGUGUUGGCUGGAGGACCAUCUUGGGAUGUACCUAAAGGAAGAAAAGAUGGAAGAAUAUCUAAGGCUAGUGAUACCAGCCAACUACCAGCACCUACCUUUAACAUAUCUCAACUUCAACAAAGUUUCUCUCAAAGAGGUCUUUCUUUGGAAGAUCUAGCAGCACUUUCAGGUGGACAUACACUUGGGUUCUCUCAUUGUUCAUCAUUCAACAACAGAAUCCAUAACUUCAACUCCACACUUGACAUCGAUCCUUCGCUCCAACCUUCAUUUGCUUCAAGUUUAAGACGAUUUUGCACAACCAAAAACAAUGUAAAUAAUGCAGGAGUCGCAAUGGAUCCUUCAUCUACUUCUUUUGAUAACACAUACUAUAAACUGAUAUUCCAACACAAAGUUCUAUUUUCAUCGGAUAAUGCUUUGCUCAGCACCCCUAAGACCAAAAAUUUGGUAUCCAACUUUGCAAGCUCAAAGGAUGCGUUUUUUAAAGCAUUUGUAAAGUCUAUGAUCAAGAUGAGUAGCUUCAAUGGUGGCCAGGAAAUUAGGAAGAAUUGUAGGUUUGUAAACUAAGUGUUUUCCCUAUUUAUGAUGUAUAUAAAGUAUUAUAGGGCUCUUGGAUUGUAUUUAGAAACAUAUGUAAACUAUAUGCAAGUUAUAGCAAGUAUGCUAUGUAAUUUAGCC